UUAAUCAAUAUGCGGUUGUUAGUAACAUGCCUGGUUUUGUGUCUGGGUGUUCUCGUGUGUGAAGCUAAAUCGUUUAGGGAUGACGAGGUGGUCGAUUUAGAAGUGGCCGCUACUGGUCAUGGAAAACACCAUGAGCACGGUGGUGGUAGUGAGCAUCAUGCGGAGCAUCAUGCGAGUCAUGGCGAAAAGGGCGAUAAAGGAUACAAAAGUAGUCAUCAUCACGACAAGGGAGGGCACGGGAAGCACGGCAAGGAGCAUCAUGCUGGGCAUUACGGUGAGAAGGGUGGGCACAAGAAGGGGCACCACGAUGAGGCCGGCCACUACGGGGAACACCACGAGGCUGGAAAAAGUCAUAAGGGUGGCAAGUUCGGUGAGAAGAAGGGGCACAAGAAAGGUCACAAGACGACUGGGUAUCAUCACAAGUCGCACAAAGACGAUUACCACAAGGAGCACAAGUUUUACGAUGAUUUCCACAAGGGCGGUCACCACGCUAAACAUGGCCACCAUGAAAGCCACCACGGAGGUAAAUCUGGCCACCACAAGAAAGGCGGGAAUCACAAGAGUGGAUAUCAUGAUGAUCACUACGGCAAGAAAGGGCACCACGACAAAGGGCAUUACGAUGAAGACCAUAAGGGACACAAGGGCCACCACGGACACGAAAGCCACUACGCACACCACGACGAUUACGGAAAGAAAGGCGGCCACUCCGGCGGAAAGGAAUACGGAUUUGCUCAUGGAAAACACUAAGUUUUUGUUAACCGU